UAUUAUCUGUCCCGUCUCAAGUCAGUCGAGAAGCGUUCACGCACUCUUGCGCACGUUCGGUAUCACAGUUUCAACUAUUCGAAUAUAGUUUCAAGUGUAGUUAGUGCGAAAUUCAAUUUUACUCAUUGACCGAACUCUCAAAUUAUCUUGAAAGUCUAAUCCUAGAGAAGGAUGAUAAUUGAAGUCCUGAUAGCCGGGGCAGUAGCCCUGGUGGUAUGGCUGCUAUUCUUCAAAGAGGAGGAGGACCCACUGGACAAGCUACCCGGACCAAAACGGCUGCCCAUCAUUGGAAACUCUUGGGAACUGUUCCAAUCGCCUCCCGAUAAGUUGCUGGAUGUGAUGGUGGGCUACACGAAGCAAUAUGGCGAACGUUACGUGUUCAAAGUGAUGGGCCUCAGAGUACUGCACAUUUCUGGACCGGCUGAUAUUGAGGUGGUACUGGCACAUUCCAAGAACAUUAAGAAGAGUGUACCUUACGAUUUCCUGAAGGAUUGGCUCGGCGCUGGAUUGCUGUUGAGCACGGGAGCUCACUGGCACAAGCGCCGCAAGAUCCUCACCCCGACCUUCCACUUCAACAUCCUGAAGAACUUCGCCAACGUCAUCGAGGAGAAGACACAGGAUCUGGUCAAGAGUUUGAAGAAGAAGAACGGAGAAGAUGUCAGCUUGAUGCCGACGAUCAGUGAUUUUACGCUGUUCACUAUUUGUGAAACAGCAAUGGGAACGAAACUAGACGACGACCAAACAUCAGCUACAGUUGACUACAAGAACGCGGUACUCAACAUUGGCAUGCAAAUGUUAAGUCGCAUCACAAGAAUCUGGCUACACAACGACUUUGUCUUCAAGAAUACUUCACGAGGAAGGGAAUUCGGAAGAACUCUAGAAGUCGCCAAGACCUUUGCAGAUAAUGUAAUCAUGGAUAGGAAAGCUACUAGAGAACAGAAUAAGGUUAGCGUCGAAGAAGAAGUUAACGAUAUUGGGACUAAGAGGAGAUUGGCUAUGCUGGAUCUAUUGUUGGAAGCUGAAGAGAAGGGUCAGAUUGAUAUGGAAGGUAUCAGGGAUGAGGUCAAUACUUUCAUGUUUGAGGGUCAUGACACUACAGCUCUGGCUUUGACCUUCGGUUUGAUGCUGUUGGCUGAUUAUGAAGAAGUUCAGGAGCGUAUCUACGAGGAGUGUCAGAGCAUAGUCGGGGAGUCGGAGCACGUGACCAUGUCUCAUCUCGCAGACAUGAAGUACUUGGAAGCAGUUAUCAAGGAAACCCUGAGGCUGUACCCUAGCGUGCCUUUCAUAGGCCGGGAGAUCGUUGAAGACUUUAAAUUGGGUGACCUGCUAGUAAAGAAAGGCUCAACAGUGGACGUCCACAUCUACGAGUUGCAUCACCGCGAGGAUCUGUUCCCUGAUGCAGAGGCGUUCAAGCCGGAGCGCUUCCUCACCAACGAGCUGAAGCAUCCCUACGCUUACGUGCCUUUUAGUGCUGGACCUAGGAAUUGUAUCGGCCAACGUUUCGCCAUGCAAGAAAUGAAGACGACUCUAAGCGAGAUAGUGCGUAACUUCAAGCUGGUUCCCAAGGUCAAGGGCGCGCGACCCAGGGUCAUGGCCGACCUUGUGCUUAGACCCGUUGACCCUAUAUAUGUCAAGUUUAUUCCACGCAAAUAAGUUGUGAAGAAGAUUAAUAUUUUUUCCGAAGUAAGUAGGUAAUAGGCUUUUAAAGCCUCGUAAAUCGAAUAAGUAAGUAAAUAAAAUGAUUACUUCACUUUUGAUGACAUUGUAUUUUUAGAAUAAGGGCCAAUUUUUUAAUCGCCCAUAAUAAUGAUAUUGACGUUUUGAAAGGUCUUUUAUAGAUUUGGCAAACCGCCAUAUUCAUUCUUCAUACAGAAGUUAACUGCUAAGCGAUUUAAAUUGGUUUAUACGUAACUUUAAAUAUAAUAUUAGAAGGCUUAUGUGGGCAAGCGAUAAGAUCUUUUUAAUAAUUAAAAUUGUAAUGGGAGUGUGAGAUAAAAUGCACGAGAGAUUAUUUUUGCGAUGAAUUGAUCAAAUCAUUUUUAAUGAUUUUAACUUUUAACUCUUUUUAUUCGUGUUUUUAGCAAUAUCAUUUUUUAUUGAAAUGUGACGAAGUAUUUCGGCAUUUCUUUAUUUAUUUUAAAUUUUGCAAUAUUUUUAUUUUUCUAAUCCUAAACAAAAAUUGUAUGUACAAAACAGCUAUUUCCAUUUUGUUUUGUGUCCUUAAUGGUAGGUAUGGUAGGUAAAAAGUUAUAACACAAAGCUAAAAAAACAGCUUUCAAGUUAAUAGUUAGUUAGUUACAACUUAGUAUUGAGCAAGAACAAUAUUGCUCAGUUUCUUUGUCAUAAUUGUUUCUUAUUUAAGCAUUUAUUGUUAGGCUUAAUUUACAUUUUAUUUUUUAAUAAAACUAUGCAAAUGUAAA